UCUAUACACUCUUUCAUUCAGACCCGUUUCUGUGUUUCUCCAGCGCAGCGAUGCUCGAAGAGAAGCCCGAGCCCUCGACGCCGACAUCGCCGUCGCUGCUCAUCCGACCUCGCCGGGAACCCUUCGAGUAUGGACUCCUCCCAAUCUCGAAGCUUAUCUUCUCGGAUGGUACCCUUACCCUUGCUCCUUUGAAGGAGAAGCUACUACAGACCUCCACUGAUGGUCGGGUGUCCGCUUCACAGCUUGCCGAAGCGCUACAGAUUCCUCAUGACUACGCUUGCCUCGCAAUCGAUACCCUUGCCUCCGUCCUGCCGGCGGAUCCCGAUCCCAAUGCUGGCGCGGACGUGCAUGAUCUGAUCUUGUUUUUGUAUAUCCAGACGUAUAAGAGGUUGCUUCCGAGAGCGCACAAGGACUCGGCGGCGGUGGCGGAUGUCUGGCCUUCAACGUCGGCCUUCGAUGGAUAUCUAUCGGCCCUUUCGCCGCUUCAGCUUGUACGCAGCAAUAGUCGUCGUUUCAUUCCAUCACAGGCUGAUGAAGAGGCCCAUCAGUUAUCAUAUUUACAGAAACAUAUGGCCAACAUUAUUGCUCUCUUGGCUGAGCCUGUUGAAGGCGAGGGAGAUGAAUCCUUGGUUUUAACAUCAGAAAGGUUUGAACAUCUCGGAUUCCUCAUCCAAUUUGGUGAAAAAGGCUCUGAAGGAAUCCCAUUGAGUCAGAGAACUCCAUUCUUUGCAAAUUCAGAUCCGGACAUGCCUGCUGCUCCUGUUCCUGCAACCCAGGUUCAUGAUUGGGUUUCACAACACAUUACUGCUGCAUUAGAGCACAAUGCAGAGAAAGCAAUGGCAAAAGAAAAUGGCCCUGCUGCAGAUCUCGAUGUGACUAUGGCUGAUGCCUUUUUAAACCAGACAAGGCCCCAAAGUAGCAGUUCGACUGCCAUGCAUAAUAAUGCUGCAUAUACUAGAAGUCAGAGCUUUGUGGAGGGCAUCUCCAAAGCUUCUGUGGUCAAGCAAACAUGUGACAUCAAAGGACAUUCUGUAAAGGUGUUGAAUUGCCAUGAUUCAGUCAUAUAUAUAUUAGCACCUUUGAAAUAUGCUACAGUGUACGGAUGUUCUGAUACUACAAUUGUACUGGGUGCUAUUGGUAAGGCUGUAAGGGUGGAACAUUGUGAAAGGGUACAGGUUAUUACAGCUGCAAAGCGCAUAUGUAUUGCAAAUUGUCGUGAAUGUAUAUUUUUCCUGGGGGUCAAUCAGCAACCUCUCAUACUCGGUGAUAAUCAUAAAUUACAAGUGGCGCCAUACAACACAUUUUAUGCCCAGUUGGAGGAGCACAUGGCUCAGACUGGUGUUGUUCCAACUGUUAACAGAUGGAAUGAACCUUUGGUACUUGGAAUGGUCGAUCCACAUGAUUCAUUAUCUCAUCCUGCAGGGGUGUCUGAUGCUCAAGCGGAGUCUGCUGCCCGGCUAGAUCCUGAUUUAUUUACAAAUUUUUUGAUUCCCAAUUGGUAUUCCGGUGAAUCAUCGCAAUCUACUAAAUACAACCCUUUUCCUUUGCCUGAAAUUUACAUGUCUUCUCAGAGGAAAAAGUAUUCAGUUUUGAGUGAUGUCCAACAAGCUUUGAGAGAUCUAGAAGUAGAGGAGAACAAAAAGCGAGAAUUAGCUGGUGCUCUUCAUGUGCAUUUUAAAGACUGGCUAUAUGCAUCUGGGAACAUCCGCCAGCUCUACUGUUUACAAGGCGACUGACUGAUUUCACGGAAAGUUACGCCGUCAAGGUUGUAAUUCCUGUCCUGCAGGGAUUUGUAAAGCAUAAAAAAAUCUCGCUCUCAUCGCUGUUCCAUGCCAACAAAUUUUUGUUCAUUUUAAUCUGAUGAGAACUUUGUCUCAAAUAUCUUUGUUUGCAUCAUGGGGCGAUGCAAUUUGUGAUUCUUCUUGACUUAUAUACUAAGGGCUACGGUGGAUUGUUUGUAUGUUCACAAAACUUUGAGGUGGUGGUGGUGUUGUUAUUAUGUAAUCUGUGUACUCUGGUGGAGUUGGAAGGUGCUACUGGUUUUUGGAACAAAUAGCUUAUAAUUUGAUGUUUUUAGGUCCUGUUUGUUCUUCUUC